GCUCAAACUUCCAUGUUUCUGAAAUAGUGUUGCAAUCAUGACCGCCAUACGGGCUACUAAUUUAUUCAUAGUAUGUUUAUGUUUGACUGGGAAAAUACUAUCCUACGAACUAAAUGAUAAGAGAUUCCCAAAAGAUUUUUUGUUUGGAGUAGCCACUGCUGCAUAUCAAAUAGAAGGUGCUUGGAAUGUAGAUGGUAAAGGAGAAACUAUCUGGGAUACUGUCUGUCAUCGAAAGCCAUCACCAAUUGCCAAUAAUGACACGGGGGAUACAGCUUGUGACUCUUACAACAAAUACAAAGAAGAUGUUGCCCUUUUGAAAGAACUGGGUGUGGAUGUGUAUAGAUUUUCCAUAUCAUGGGCAAGAAUUCUACCAAAUGGAUUUGAUAACAAAGUCAACGAAGCCGGCGUGACCCACUACAAAAACGUCAUCAAAGAACUGCUAAAAAAUAAUAUAAAACCACUAGUGACGUUGUAUCACUGGGACCUUCCACAGGUUCUCCAAAACGCAGGCGGUUGGGAAAACGAUUUCAUAAUCGACGCAUAUUUAGAUUUUGCUCGAAUAUGCUUCAAAGAAUUUGGCAACGACGUCAAGUAUUGGAUAACAUUCAACGAACCUAAGGUAAUCUGUCAGUAUGGUUACGGGGAAGGAUUAUUUGCACCGCUGAUCUACUCGCCCGGUGUUGGAGAAUACUUCUGUGCUCGCAAUUUGUUACGAGCCCAUUCAAAAGCGUGGCACUUAUACAAUGACGAAUUCCGGAAGGAACAAGGCGGUCAAGUUGGAAUUACAAUAGACUCCUAUUGGUACGAGCCUGCCACAGACAGUCCAAAAGAUAAGGAAGCUUCAGAAAUAAAACUUCAAUUCAGCUAUGGAUGGUUUGCUAAUCCAAUAAUCAACGGCGAUUGGCCAAGACAAAUGAAAGAAAAAAUUGAUGAUCGCAGCAAAAAACAAGGAUUUCACAAGUCGCGUCUUCCGCCUUUCACAGAGCAAGAUAUAGAGUAUAUGAAAGGCAGUACGGAUUUCCUUGGACUCAAUACGUACACAUCAUAUAUGGUGAAACCGAUGGAUAAUCCAGAUAAGGACGGCAUGGGACCGAAAUAUGACAGCGAAGUUGAAGAAUGGCAACCGGAUGAAUGGGAAGGUUCCGCCUCACCCUGGUUGAAGGUGACACCAUGGGGGACACGAAAGUUACUGAAAUGGAUAAAAGAUGCCUACAAUAAUACUCCAAUCUUGAUUACAGAAAAUGGAUAUUCUGACAAUGGAACUUUAGAAGACGACAGGAGAAUAAAUUUCUACCAGGGCUAUUUGAGUAAUAUACGUGAUGCAAUGGAAAAAGAUGGUGUUAAUGUAUUUGGCUAUACGACAUGGAGCUUUAUGGAUAAUUUUGAAUGGAUGAUGGGAUAUUCUCAGAGAUUUGGUUUGAUUCAUAUCGAUUACGAUAGUCCCGAAAAAACCAGAACUAAGAAAAAAUCAGCAUAUUGGUUUAAGAAUAUGAUAAAAAGAAGAUGUGUUGCAGAAAUUUGCAAAGAAUAAUUGCAUUAGUAUUUAGGCAUUUCGAAUGACCCAAACUCAUACGAAAUAACACCAAUAUCACUAAAUAUCUCUAUACAAGCAUAGAAAUAUAGGUUUUUGAAAGAGUAAAUGUGUGAACAACCUGUGAAUGGAAAAACAAAAUUUAAAUUGCAGGUUUUCACGUAGAAUUUUUUUGUGUUGUUAACGUUAAUUAAUCACACCUACAUGAUUGUUUGAAUGCUUCAGCAAAAACCUCUUUGAAUAAAUGUAAUUGUUAGAAAGUCAAUAAAAUUUAUUUGAACAUGA